AUGGUGCUGCCGGUGGAGUGGCGUGCUGCUUUGGUGCUGGACGAUGGUGUUACUGAUUAUGUCACUUUACCCAAAAUGUCCUCAAUGCGUAACGCUUUAAAUUCAACAGCAAUGGAUAUCAUGUUCUACCAGUCACCACUGUAUCGAAAUGAAAUAAUGGACGGUUUGCUGAAGUCGUUGAAUAAUGUGUAUAGUUUGUUUAUCGAGAAUUAUCCGGAUUUUGACGGGCCGAUCUCGAUUUACGCUCAUUCUCUUGGCUCUGUGAUGUGUUACGACCUGCUCACCAGCUGGUCUCCGCUUGUCCUGUACGACAAAUACGUUGCUGAAACCAUUGUAAGGGCAGCGUUUUUUUUUUUUUUCCACUUCUGUAAUACACUAGGCGAAGCAGAAAGCUGGCCGUACUUACUGAGAAUUUCUAAAGAAAUCUCGAGAUGGCUCAUGUCUUUCCGUCACCUAUGA